AUGAGCGCAUCGAACAACACUGGCGUCAGCGGUGUUCGCAAGGUCGCCUCCUUCAUCGAGCCAUGUCUCCCUAGUCCGCCUCGAGCAGCAUGUGUGUCGGCACAGGUUGCGUCUCGAAAAGCGGAGCUCUGUUCUGCCUUCUGUAAGCAUCAGCGGAAACACUAUGUUGACAUCCAGCACAUUACUGAUAAUGCACCUGAUGAGCAGACGGAUCCUUCUUCUCAGCCCAGAACAGAAGUUCCUUGCGCUGAUAUCUACAUGUAUCAUGCCAUAUUCGUCGCCGCCCAAUUGAAGUAA